GGCCCGGGGAGUUCCUCGCUGCCUUGUAAGGAGCGCGGCCGCCACAGGGCCCGGCGCCCUCCCCCGCUGCCCGCCCCGGCUCUCCCCCGCCGGCAGGGAAGGCAGGAGCCGCGAGCGGUCUGCCCGUCCCCAACUCUCUCCCCUUCUUUCCUGCUCUCCCUCCAGGAGCCCCCACCCCGCCUGCCUCCCUCCGCCUCCUCCUUCUGCUCCGCAAUCAGGGGAAUAAAUCAGGGAAGGACACGCACACGCAGGGAGUGAGCGGAGAUCUGUUACAAAAGUAGCCCUGAUGGCGGCGGAUCAGAUGGAGCUGGAGCUGCUGCUGGAGUAGCGGAGAGUAGAGUAUCUCUCUCUUCUCUGUUCCUCGUCUUCCCCCUCUCCACCCACAGAUCUCCAUCGUUUCUCCUCCUCCUUCCCACCCUCGGCCGCGCUCCCGCUUCUCCGCACAUCUCUGGGCUGCGCCUCCUGCGAGGGGGCGGGUGGGGGGAGCGGAGGAGGCUUUAAAAAACAACGGCCCCCCCCGCACCACCACACACACAAUAAUUGAAUUUAUUAUUAUUGCCGUCUCGCCGACUUGGGGAAGGGGGAUCGAUCUUCGAUCAGGAAGAUGGCUGCUGGCUGGCUGCUAGUCUUUAGCCUGACACUUUUCCAGUCCCUGGUGAUGAACCACUCCUCGGAGGGACCCUUCCCUUCUGCCACCACGAUAAAAUCAUGGGUAGAUAAGAUGCAAGAAGAUCUCGUAACAUUAGCACGAACUGCAAGUGGAGUGGACCAUCUUGCUGAGAUUUAUUUGCAAAACAGGAAUUUGUAUACUGUAGAAGCCAACAACCCUCGUCAGCUAGUGGAAAUUGCAGCCAGAGACAUUGAAAAACUUCUGAGCAACAGGUCUAAAGCCUUGGUGCGCCUUGCUAAAGAAGCAGAAAAGUACCAAGCAUCACAUCAGUGGAGGGAUGAGUUUGGGAAUAAUGAUAUAAUCUAUUACAAUGCAAAAGAUGAUCAGAAUGAUCCUGAAAAGAAUGACACUGAAUCUGGCAGCCAGAGAAUCAGACCAGUAUUUGAAGAAGAUCCUGUUUUCCGACGGCAAACAUCUUACCAACAUGCAGCAGUCCACAUUCCAACAGAUAUUUAUGAAGGCUCAACAAUAGUGUUAAAUGAACUCAACUGGACUGCAGCGUUGGAUGAUGUAUUCAAGAGGAACAGAGAAGAAGACCCCACUUUAUUAUGGCAGGUUUUUGGUAGUGCAACUGGCCUCGCUAGGUAUUACCCAGCUUCCCCAUGGGUAGAUAAAAGUCGAACUCCAAACAAAAUAGAUCUGUAUGAUGUUCGCAGACGACCCUGGUAUAUUCAAGGAGCUGCAUCUCCCAAAGACAUGCUUAUUUUAGUUGAUGCGAGUGGGAGUGUCAGUGGAUUGACACUGAAGCUGAUCCGCACCUCGGUCAUUGAGAUGUUAGAGACCUUGUCUGACGAUGACUUUGUGAAUGUAGUUUCAUUCAACAAUAAUGCUCAGAAUGUCAGUUGCUUUAAUCAUCUUGUCCAAGCUAAUGUGAGGAACAAGAAGAAGCUGAAAGAAGCUGUGUAUAAAAUCUCUGCUAAAGGAAUUACAGAUUACAAAAAAGGCUUUAGCUAUGCUUUUGAACAGCUGCUAAAUCACAGUGUCUCUAGAGCUAACUGCAAUAAGAUUAUUAUGUUGUUUACGGAUGGUGGUGAAGAAAGAGCACAAGAAAUUUUCCAUAAAUAUAAUGAAGACAAAAAAGUACGUGUGUUUACAUUUUCUGUUGGUCAACAUAAUUAUGACAAAGGACCCAUACAGUGGAUGGCCUGUGAAAAUAAAGGUUACUAUUAUGAAAUUCCAUCCAUUGGAGCCAUAAGAAUAAACACCCAGGAAUAUCUGGAUGUUUUGGGAAGACCAAUGGUUUUAGCUGGAGAGAAAGCCAAACAAGUCCAAUGGACAAAUGUCUAUCUGGAUGCUCUGGAGCUGGGCCUUGUGAUUACAGGAACUCUACCUGUCUUCAAUCUAACAAAGGAACAAAAUGGGAAAAUAAAUCAGCUGAUUCUUGGAGUAAUGGGGGUUGAUGUCUCUUUGGAGGAUAUAAAAAAACUGACACCCCGAUUUACGCUUUGUCCAAACGGAUACUAUUUUGCAAUUGAUCCUAAUGGGUAUGUGCUACUUCAUCCAAAUCUCCAACCAAAGAAUCCUAAAUCCCAGGAGCCUGUUACACUGGAUUUUCUAGAUGCUGAAUUGGAAAAUGAUAUUAAAGUUGAGAUUCGGAAAAAAAUGAUAGAUGGAGAAAGUGGAGAAAAAACAUUUGAAACACUUGUCAAGUCCCAAGAUGAGAGAUAUAUUGAUAAAGGAAACAGAACAUAUACCUGGACUGCUGUGAAUGGCACUGAUUACAGUUUGGCAUUGGUAUUACCAUCAUACAGCUUUUAUUAUAUUAAAGCCAAAAUAGAAGACCCAAUAACUCAAGCCAGAUAUUCUGGAGAGAUAAUUGGAAAUGGUACUUAUUCAGAAACACUGAAGCUUGAUCAUUUUGAUGAAGCUGGCUAUACAUUUAUAGCACCAAGAGAAUACUGUAAUGAUAUAAAAAAAUCAGAAAACAACACUGAAUUUCUGUUAAAUUUCAAUGAAUUUAUUGACAGAAACACUCCAAGCAGUCCAUCCUGUAAUACUGAUAUGGUCAUUAGAGUUUUGCUGGAUGCAGGCUUUACAAAUGACCUUGCCCAAAAUUAUUGGAGUAAAAUGUCUUUUGAUGGAGUUGUUGCACAAUUUGUUGUUACAGAUGGUGGAAUUACUAGAGUGUUCCCAAAAAGGGCAGGAGACGAUUGGUUGGAAAAUGCUGAAACUUAUGAAGUGAGCUUCUAUAAACGGAGUUUAGAUAAUGACAACUAUAUUUUCACAGCUCCGUACUACAACAAAAGUGGUGCCAAUAGCUAUGAAGCAGGUAUUAUGGUAAGCAAGGCUGUGGAAAUAACAAUUAAUGGGAAGCUUCUGAAACCAGCAGUUGUUGGAAUAAAAAUUGACGCAACCAGCUGGAUGGAAAAUUUCACAAAAACCACAAUCAAGAGCCUGUGCAACAGUGAAAUCUGUGGCUGUGAGAGAAACAGUAUGCACGUGGACUGUGUUAUCCUUGAUGAUGGUGGAUUUCUUUUGAUGUCAAAUCGGGAUGAAUAUACACAACAGAUUGGAAGAUUCUUUGGUGAAAUUGAUCCUGGCCUGAUGCGAAACCUGAUUAACAUGUCCCUGUAUGCCUUUAACAAGUCGUAUGACUAUCAGUCAGUCUGCGAUCCUGAAGAAGAACCAAAGCAAGGAGCUGGACUUCGUUCUGCUUACGUGCCUACAAUAACAGAUAUUUUGCAUCUCGGAUGGUGGGCUUCAGCAGCUGCCUGGUCUAUCUUACAGCAACUGUUUCUGAGCUUGACUUUUCCACGUUUCCUUGAAGCAGCUGAUAUGGAAGAUGAAGAUUUUGGUGCCACCCUGCCUAAAACAAGCUGUAUCACAGAGCAAACUCAGUAUUUCUUUGAAAAUGAUGACAAAUCCUUUGGUGGGAUAGUAGACUGCAUAAACUGCUCCAGACUUUAUCACGCAGAGAAGAUUUCAAACACUAAUCUAGUGUUCAUUAUUAGUGACAGCCAACUGCUGUGCCGCUCCUGUGACCCAAAGCCACUGAUGCAAGCUGAGAAGCCGGAUGAAGGGCCAAAUCCUUGUGAAAUGGUCAAACAACCUAGGUACAGAAAGGGUCCUGAUGUCUGUUUUGAUGAAGCCAAACAGGAAGAUUCGGCCGACUGCGGUGGUGUCUCUGGUCUGAGUCCAUCACUGUGGUCUAUGGUAGGAAUUCAGUUGGUCCUGCUUUGGCUGUUAUCUGGCAGCAGACACUGCCAGUUAUGACCUUGUUAAACCAAAACCUGCAUAACUUAAUCAAGACCUGGCCAAAACGAUAGCCUCAGUUUAAUUUUAAAAAGGGUCAGCUAUUCAGACAGCAGCAGAACAGCAGUGCUUGUGUCUGGUUACUUGUUGUGAGACUUAUAAAGGCACCCACAGUGGCUGCAUGUUGGAGUGUCGGAUCCUUAAACGUGUGUGAAUGCUGCAUCAUCUAUGUCAUCUGAACAGAAUUCUAGACGUGCUCCAUUGGGGAAUCUAAGAUUAUUUUUUGUUUGUUUGUUGUUGUAAUCUUGAUGACUUCAUGUAAAAGGGCUCCCCUAACAAUAGCUUAUGCAUCUGAUUUUCAUUUCUUUUAAGCUUUGGAUAUCUUGAAGAUUUAUAUUCUUUUACGUGAACAGUUAUUAAAAAAAAAAAAGAGAACGUGCUCCCCAAUAUACAUUACUAGCACCAUGAUGGCUGCUUUGAACAUCAGUUCUGUCCAAACUAGUUGAGUAAAAUGAAAAUAUUGGCUAGUCUUCAUGAGAAGUUCAGCAUGAUUGAAAUGCUUUAUGAUGAGUGGUUUAUUCUUCCAAAAUGAAUCACGUAGCCAGCUAAGUUUUGGUAGGUUGAUAAAUUUUUAGAAGGAAGGAAGGGAGGGAGGGAGGGAGGGAGGGAGGGAGGAAGGAAGGAAG